UUGGCAGCAAUCCAUUUUAAUGCUAACUUAUGUCGUAAGGCAAAACUCCAUGAAGAUGGUACACCACAGGUCAAGGUGUCUUAUCCAAAGUUUAAAGGUGGCGAUGCCACUGUUAGGGAAAGCAAAGUAAAACAAAACUUUGAAUAUGUGGAAGAGAUAUAUCAGACUUUCCUAAAAGCAUCUGGAAAUGGCACCCUCAAGAAAGCUUCUGAAAAAUUAAAAGAGAUGACACCUGCCCCCAUGAACACCAUGUUUGAAAACAAGGAAUUGAAAGAAAUUGCCAUCAAAAAGCAGAAGGCUAGAAAAAAUCUUGUUGUGGAAGAUGUUCCUCCAACAACACCAAUUUCAGUUGUUCUUGCUCAGGAAAAGGCAGCAAAGGCUGCUAAAGCAGCCUCUGGCAGAGCAGCUCCAAGGUGUUCCUUGUGCAAGAAUUUGAUGAAGGGACACAAAGAAGUGAAGGAUUGUCCCAAAAAUCAAAAGCAAACACAGCAGUAAAACCAAACCAGUUGUAAAUAAAUGUACAU